GAGUGUGUGUGUGAGUGUGAAGGGGUUGGCGGACGGGAGGCGUGUCCACAAACUGGCGUCACCCCGGGCAGGAAUGGGAGCAGGUCUCUCUCUCUCUCUCUCUCGCUUCCUCUCGGUGUGUGGAGGUAAUUGCGGGGAUAGAAGGACAUCCCUGACGCCCGCUGCGUUUGAAAGCCCCGCUCUCAUCCUCUGACAGCUCCCGGCGCGGCUAGCGACGCUGCCAGCUUGUCCAGGCACAGAGCACGGAGUCAGGGUCCAACUUGGAUCAAGGCGGGGGACUUCCGAGGCGCUCGCAGUCAUUGCAAAGAAGCAACGCGCCGAUUACUACAACUUUUAGCGGUGCCGACUCCGGCCAAAGGCGCGGCUCGGCUCGGCUCGGCUUGGCUCGGUGCGGGCCGGUGGAUACAUGCUACAUCUUUCUGCUCAGUGAGGGAAGAGACCCGCUCCAGUCGUUAUCUCCGGGGAGCGGUGGUGGAGACGAGAGGAGAUGUCUGCCUUGGUCAGAAGAUAGACACAAAAUGCUGGAGUAACUCAGCGGGCCAGGCAGCAUCUCUGGAGAGAAGUAAUAGGCGGCGUUUCGGGUCGAGACCCUUCUUCAGACCUUGGUGUGAUAGAGGGCAGCGGGUGAGGCGAGCGGUCCUGGUGACUUUGCGGUUCAAUUGAAGACAUUACCUACUCUUCAGCUGGCUAUUAUUCCCCCCCCCCCCACCACCACCUCUCCCCUCUCUCGAUGCCCGAUCUCACGGACCCAGCGCGGCUGGCGAGGCUGGGUUAGCAGCGACCACCUCUCUCUCAGAAGCCGCCGUGUGGUUUUUUAACCCGAUGGGAUGUGUUUGAGCGAUAGUCCAGUUUGGGACGACAGCGGCGCGCAGUCAGCAGGUACCAGCCUCCCAUUCACCAAGCUUCCAAUGAAGAGAGGCUGAGCAGAGGUGCACAGGAAUGUAUCCCAUGUACAGCGGCAGGCAAUUUGGAUUCAUGAGCGCUAUGCUGAAACUGACGUGUAACUGAAUAUAAUCAACAAGGAUGAGAUUCUGUGCGAGAUCGAUGCUCUUCACUCACUGGCUGUUGCUGGCCUCUGUGUUAAUGCUUGGCUGCCGACCGCUGACGGCUUCAAGUCACCACACCCGGGGCCACUCAGGACAUCAGGUCAAACAAGGCACAUGCGAGGUUGUCGCUUUGCAUCGAUGCUGCAAUAAGAACCGGAUUGAAGAACGGUCGCAAACCGUGAAAUGUUCUUGUUUCCCGGGCCAGGUUGCCGGCACAACUCGAGCUCAGCCUUCAUGCGUUGAAGCCUCUAUAGUGAUGCAGAAGUGGUGGUGCCACAUGAAUCCCUGCCUAGAGGGUGAGGAAUGCAAGGUUCUCCCAGACUUCUCCGGAUGGUCCUGCAGCAGUGGCAACAAGGUUAAAACCACGAAGGCAAGUAAACAGAACUAACAGCACGCCUUAUCCAAUACUAAUCCCUGAGUGGCAAGAAGUGAAACAGUUUACCCUAAUCUUCUGUCGAAUCGCUGAAACAAAAACAACCAAAGCCAUCAUCUUCCGUUUGCCCAAAAUAGCAGGAAUGUUCACAGUUAUAUUUGAACACCAUAAAUAGUUCAUACAGAUUCAUUUAUAAUAUUGCCCAUAAAAACAGCUGGGAAACAAGAGGUGCACAUGCGAGCAUCGGUAAAACAGUAGUAAGAAAACAAUAUAGAAUUUGGAGAGUUUGCAGAGAUACCUUUAAUUAGAACAUUUAUACAGUGUUUAAAAUCAUGAGAGGAAUAGAUCGGGUGGAUGCAUCGAGACUCCUGCCAGAGUGGCAGAAUCGAGAGCCAGAGGUCAUAGGUUUAAGGUGAAGAGGGAAACAUUUUAUAGGAAUCUAA